UAAAUACGAAGAUGAUGACGAAGACGACAGUGAUGAUGAGGAAGCUGCUGAGAGAAGAGAGAGAAUGACCUCUCCGAGCUACGUCCAGGAGCAGAAGCAGCUGAAAGAGAGCUUCCGCAAGUUUGUCCAGGACAGUGACGAAGACGUAGAGGAAGAUGAAGGCUCGAAUCUGCUGACUAGGAGGAUCAAAACCCAAGAAGAGACGGAUAAAGAAGAGGCCGAUUAUGUGGAGUGGCUCAAAGGUCAGGCUGAGCUGGACGGGCCAGAGGAGGUGAAGGACAUGAAAUACUUAAGAGACUACUGGAAUGACCCGGAGCUGGAGGAGAAGGAGCGAUUCCUCCGAGAUUAUAUGCUCAACAAGGGCUUCCUGGAUGAAGAGGAGGAGGAUGACCGCAUCCCGACUCACGAUGAGAUCGUCCAGGAUGACGUGGAGGACUCCGAGGAGGAGGGGGAGUUGUUCUUGGCGCGUCAGGAGGACUUCGAGAGAAGCUACAACUUCCGUUUUGAAGAGCCCGACGCCCACCAGCUCAAGACCUACCCCCGAAACAUCGCCACGUCCGUCCGCUCCAAGGACGACCGCAGGAAGCGCAAACGGGAGGAAGUGAGGGAACGAAAGGAAAAGGAGAAAGAGCAGAAGCGGGAGCAGCUGAAGCAGCUGAAGAACCUGAAGAGGAACGAGAUCAUGCAGAAGCUGAAGAAGCUGCAGGAGCUGACGGGCAACGAGCAGCUGGCUUUCAAUCCAGCUGACCUCGAGGGAGACUUUGACCCCAAACACCACGACCAGCUCAUGCAGAAGUUCUUUGGCAGAGAGUAUUAUGGAGAGGAGGAAGAGGAGAAGCCUCAGUUUGAGGAUGAGGAUGAACUGGAGGAGCGCUGGAACUGGGACACUUGGACUGGAGAGGAACAGGAGGAAGACUAUGGUGAAGAAGAACAUGACGGAGGAGAUUUUGACCCGUCUGGGCCCCACUGCGAGGAUGAAGGCUUCAUCAUGGAUGCAGACUACGAUCCCAGCCAGCACACGACCUCCAAGAAGAAGAGAAAGAUCAAAAAGGAGGACUUGCCUCAAAUGGGCAAGAAGAGGAAGAAAUCCUUGUUUGCAGAGGUCAUCACCAGAAACAAGCCGGUGUUUGACCCCCAGGAGAAAACCUUCGAGCAGUACUUGGACGAGUACUACAAGUUGGACUAUGAGGACAUCAUCGACGACCUUCCGUGCAGGUUUCGCUACAGGCAGGUUGUGCCCAACGACUUCGGCCUGACCACAGACGAGAUAAUCCACGCCAACGACAAGGAGCUGAACGUCUGGUGCUCUCUGAGGAAGACGUGCAUGUUCAGGACUGAGAAGGAGGAGCUGAGAGAUCUGAAGAACUAUCAAAUCAAGGCACAGAACACGAGGAAGAAGAAGGAAAUCCUGAGCUCCGUGUAUUCUGAAGAGGAGAAAGAAGCUCCAGAGGCAAAGACUAAGCCGGGGAAGAAAGGAAGAGAUUCUCUGAAGAAGUCUGGCUCAGGAGCAGAGGAUGCCAGCGUGGUUUCUAAUCAGGAGUCAGAGGAGACUGUUCCCCGAGCUCUUCAUGAUGCCAUGGACAGCACAGAAGGAGAAGAGGAGGAGGAGGAGGUCCUAAUACCCACGAAGAAGAAACGUGAAGAGCAAACCCAUGUUAGAGCUGAGGAGGCAGCAGGUCAACCUGAUGUGAAAAACAGGACUGAGAAACCAAAAUGGUCCAAGAAGAAGCACAAGCUGCCAGGAGGUCGUCUCAGAUCAGGGCUCGGGGGGGUGAAAAUAGGGGGGCGGGAGUUCAGCAGACAGAGACUGAAGGCAUAUGGGCUGAACCCCAAGAGACUGUUCUUCAGACAGCUGGGCGGGCAGAGACGAAAAGCCCAGAAGAAAAGCAAAGAGUGAUGAAGGGUUUCGCUGAGCAGCAGAGAUUACUGACCAGUGAGAGCAGUUUCAAAUUAUUUUUCAGUGUUUUAGUUCAAUUUGGAA